UCUUACCCACUUGUCCAGCCACUGUAUCUUUCCCUCACUUUUCAUCCUUCUUUUCCCCCUCAUUGCGGGCAUUUUGGUCGGUUGUUUGUGGCUGAUGAGGGCUCGUGCUAAGCUUCCUCUGCUCUGCUCAUGUGUGAAAUAUCGGUAUCAGGAUGAAGAGACUCCGCCCUUGGAGCACAGCCCCGCCCACCUGGCUCACAGCAAGAGUGCUGAGAUGCUUCACAUGAGCGAUAAGAACCUGGCUGCCAUGGACUCCAUGCACAGUUACGCCCCACACACACACAUCUCACCAAUAAAGCCAGUGUUGCUGUCCUCUGGUCAAACCCCUCUGUACACCUCUGCGGUCUCCACCCUGGCGAACUCUCCACCCGUAGUGGUAAAUACAGACACACUGGAUGGCUCACCUUAUGUCAAUGGAGCAGAAGGAGAGAUUGAAUAUGAAGAGAUUACGUUGGAAAGGGGGAACUCUGGGCUAGGUUUCAGUAUCGCCGGAGGGACAGAUAACCCUCAUGUCGGAGACGACCCCAGCAUCUUCAUCACCAAGAUCAUUCCAGGAGGAGCCGCUGCACAAGACGGGAGACUCAGAGUAAAUGACAGUAUUCUCUUUGUGAAUGACGUCGAUGUUCGGGAGGUGACCCACAGUCAGGCGGUGGAGGCUCUCAAGGAGGCGGGUGCUAUCGUCAGACUCUAUGUAUUACGCAGGAAACCCCUCGCUGAGAAAGUCACCGAAAUCAAGCUCAUCAAAGGGCCAAAAGGGCUAGGCUUUAGUAUAGCGGGUGGUGUGGGGAACCAGCACAUCCCUGGAGACAACAGCAUUUAUGUCACAAAGAUCAUCGAGGGAGGAGCAGCUCAUAAGGACGGGCGACUACAGAUCGGCGAUAAGAUACUGGCGGGUUACAAAUGUGCAUCUAAUCACUCACCAUAUCUCACUGACAGCACUGUGCCGCCGUUUCAGGUUCAGGACCCGAGGCGUGUUGUGAUCCACAGAGGAUCGACGGGUUUGGGGUUUAAUAUAGUUGGAGGGGAGGAUGGUGAGGGAAUAUUCAUCUCUUUCAUCCUGGCAGGAGGCCCUGCGGACCUGAGCGGAGAACUGCGCAAAGGAGAUCAGAUCUUAAGUGUGAAUGGCGUGGAUCUGCGGGCAGCUACACAUGAACAAGCAGCAGCUGCCUUGAAGAAUGCAGGACAGACUGUAACCAUCAUCGCUCAGUACAGACCAGAAGAGUACAGUCGAUUUGAAGCUAAAAUUCACGACCUCAGAGAGCAGCUGAUGAACAGCAGUAUGGGCUCUGGAACAGCUACAUUACGAAGUAACUCUAAACGAGGCUUUUAUAUCAGGGCUCUGUUUGACUAUGAUAAGACAGCAGACUGUGGUUUCCUGAGUCAGGCCGUGGGCUUUAAGUUUGGAGAUGUGCUGCAUGUUUUGGACUGUGGAGAUGAGGAGUGGUGGCAGGCCUGCAGAGUCAGCCCACAGGGGGAUGAGGAGGAGGUCGGCUUCAUCCCCAGCAAGAGGAGGGUUGAGAGAAAAGACUGGUCACGGUUGAAGUCAAAAGAAAGGGACCGAAGUCGAGACAGUACACUUUCACAGGGAAGGGAAGAGCCAGUACGGAGUUACGAGACACUUGCACAAGUGGAAGUGCACUACGCGAGGCCGAUCAUUAUUCUGGGCCCGGUGAAGGACAGAGUGAAUGAUGACCUGCUGUCUGAGUUCCCAGACAAGUUUGGAUCUUGUGUCCCUCAUACGACACGACCCAAGCGGGAAUAUGAGGUGGAUGGGCGGGACUACCAUUUUGUGUCAUCGCGGGAACAGAUGGAGAAAGACAUUCAGAACCAUCAUUUCAUCGAGGCGGGCCAGUACAACAGUCACCUGUACGGAACCAGCGUUCAGAGUGUCCGAGAGGUGGCGGAACAGCAGGGAAAGCACUGUAUUCUGGAUGUGUCCGCAAAUGCAGUUCGUAGGCUACAGGCUGCACAGCUUCACCCAAUCGCCAUCUUCGUACGGCCCAAAUCACUGGAGAACGUCCUAGAGAUCAACACGCGACUAACUGAGGAACAAGCCAGGAAAGGUAUGGACCGUGCUAUUAAACUGGAGCAAGAUUUCCUGGAAUGCUUCUCUGCGAUCUUAGAGGGCGACAGCUUCGAGGAGGUUUAUCAUAAGGUGAAAACUGUGAUCGAGGAGCAGUCAGGGCCUUAUAUCUGGAUUCCCACCAGGGAGCGUCUGUGAGAGUCCACCCAGAGCCAAACCACCUCGCCCAGUCACCAUUUGGCCUGCCUGCCCUGGACUGUGGAGCUCCGACUCGUAGAGCUCGCGAGAAACAGACAGAGAGGGAGAGAUGGAGAGAGUGAAAGCGAGGGAGAGAAGUCACAGAGACACCAGGAAAUGAUGGAGUGGAACAGCACAGGAGCUGGCCACACCGCAUCUGCCUCUCUUUUCCUCCUUUUCCUAGCUUUGUAACUUCCUUUUUCUGCUUUUAACUUCCUUUCUCUGCCUUUCUCUCAGUCCUUCUCUGUUUCUUUCUGGCUUUCUCUCUGAAUAACGUCCUUUCAGACAGGACUGGUGAGCUGUUUUUCACGAACUGGGAUGCUACAAAGAAAUUUUGUAUAUUGUCAGAUUCCCUCUCGCUCUCUUCGAACAAGACAGGAAGUGGAGAGAGAUGAGCGACCGCCUUGGCUUUUACUGGAAUGAGACGUUCAAGAGCUAUUUCUGAUUAAAGGAGCUCGUUUCACAGUACUAAAGGAGAAUUGAACUGAAAUAUGAAAGUAUAUUUAUCAGUAUCAAUAAUGCGCUGAAAUCUUCAAUAUCAAAGAUAUUACGACUUCUCAGAGACUGACGUUCACCCACAGUUAUCAGCAUCAAGGGCGUUUAAUUCCUUUUAGAAAUUUGAAGUGCUUGACGAGUGCUUCCUGAAAUGCAGGAAGUACCGAGCUGGCGAAACUAAAACGUUUGCCUCAGUCCUUCGAAUGCUCCCCUUAAACAGUUUGCAGCUAGUUCAUCACAUUGAAUGGAUAAUAAGGAAGGAAAACGGGAAGACGCAGACUGUGACUUUCAUUCUGCACAUCAUAGAAAGCCACACGCUUGAUAUUCCGGGGUCUGUUUUCUUUGAUUUUCUUGCGCUUACAUGUAAACAUGCACAUUUAGACACACGCCAACAUAGACUUUGUAAUGUUUGCCGCCUUCUAUUUGGAUCUUCUUGCAACAGCCAGAUUGAUGUUUUCCUUUGAGCUGAAAUGUAUUUGCUCGGUUGGAUUAUUUCCCUGAGUGCCACAGCUCUCAAACACAAUGACUCCAGGCUGCUCUUUAAUGUGCAAUAUCGGGCUCUUCCAUAAUCUUGUCAUAAUGUUAUCGAAUUUUAGCCAUGCUUAGAUCUUGAAGUCAUCGGUAAAUUAUCAAACCGCUUCAAAUGUAAUACUUUCGCCGUUUUUUACACAGGAUUUCAGUUUAGAUCACACUCAUGUGCUGAGUGGCUACGUUCACACCACAAUCCAAUUCAUUAUAUAUAAAUUAUUGAUUUAAAU